AUGAGACCUCUUCUCUUUUUCAUAUCCUUGUUUCUCUCUCAAGUGGCCGGUCAGCAAGUCCCUCCGACUUGCGCACAAGGUCUUCAACUUGGCACAGCUGCCUAUGGCGACUGCUGUCCUCUAGUCGGUGCCGGCUCUACUCUUCCUGUCAAGAUGGGUGGGAGAACCUACAGCAUCUCCUGUGGAGAGAAUAUCAAAUUUCACCAAGACUUCGCCGGCUCCCCCGCUCAAUGUGCGCAGAUGUGUACCAACAAUUCCACGUGCUUGGCUGCUUAUUGGACAGACCAGCCAGCUGGAUUUUGUAUCAUAUACUUUGCUGCAAUCGAAACAGCAGGUAGUGGGACUAAAGCCAUCAGACUGGCUCCAGUCAUUGAGGAUAAAACAGAGGCAAAGAAUUGUACCGCCGAAGUUUCUUCUGCCGUGAAAAAUGCACAGCUUGAAAAAGAAACUGAGUGUGGUAAGAAUGUUACGGAUGCUGUAACCGACAAAGAAAAAGAUUUCCAAACGAGGCUCACGACGGAGUGUACUCGAUGCCGAAAACUCGGACCAGAGAAAUCCGGAGGGAAAAAGACGAAUGGUGGAAAGGAGACGAAUGGUGGAAAGAAAACAAAUGGUGGAAAGAAAACAAAUGGUGGAAAGAAGACGAAUGGUGGAAAGAAAACAAACGGCGGAAAGAAAACGAAUGGUGGAAAGAAAACGAAUGGUGGAAAGAAGACGAAUGGUGGAAAGACGAAUGGUGGAAAGAAAACGAAUAAUGGAAAGAAACCAUCUGCACCCUUUCAGCCCGGCUGCGGCACAGGGACAGUCCACGGGCCCUUCAAUAAUCGUUACUAUGCCAGCUACCCCGGAUGUGCAGUUCAGGGUACGCAGACACGGUCUCGUCUGGGCACAGUUGUGGAAUGGCAUAUAGGAUGCAUUUUCAACCAACUGGGUAUGCAGCCUAUUGCUAUGUAG